AUGGCACCAAAAGAAACAAAACACAAACCCGCCAAGAAAUCCCACCCAACAGGCGGAAAACCAAAAGUCACAAAACCCCAGAAACCACCACAACGAAAACCACCCACCUCGCAGUUGCAAACACCAAAACCACCACUACCCCUCCCAACAACCGCCCUUUCCUCCUCCGGAUUGCCUUCAAACUGGCCCCCCUCCCUCCCCUACCUCACCGCCCCCCUCUUCUCCCCCCUCCUCACCCCCUCGCACUACACAGCCCUUCGCACCCGCCCACCACCCGACUCCAUCGAGCCUCUCGAGGAGCUACCAGGCGAUUACGUUCCCGGACCAUGCAGCAACAAGGCCAUCAUCUUGCCUAUCACGGAUAAGAGACAUCCGGCGUAUGGACAGGCGGGACUAUUUGCGGCGAGGGACCUGAAACCGGGGGAGUUUGUGGUGAGGUAUUUGGGGGAGAUACACCCGGGGGGAGAGGAGUGGGGUGGGGGGUUGGUUUUUCCUGAGGAGCCUAAGGAGGAGGAGGGUAAGGGAGAGGGCAAUGCGGAGGAUGGCAAAAUGUAUGGGGCAAAGCAGAUGGCGGAGAAACAAGACGGCGAUCAAGGUCAACGAGACCAGAAGAAGAAGGAAGCACCAAAGGUGGAAGAACAGGAGGUGAAAUACAACUACAAACAAUCCGACUACGACCUCUGGCUCUCCCACGUCGGCUCUCCUUCAGAAGACCUCGCCGUCGACGCCGCUCGCGCCGGGAACGAAGCCCGGUUCGUCAAUGACUACCGCGGGAUCCCCAACCCGGCGUUUCCACCGGGUUACAAACCGCAGAACAAAAAGGAGGAACUCCUUUUAAAGCGGCCAAAUGCGGAGUUCAAAGUCGUUUGGGAUCCACUGAGGCAGGAAAAGACUAUGGCGGUUUAUGUCCUGCCCGCUGGGAAGAAGGCUACUGGUAAAGCGAGAGAGGUCGGGAUUGAAAGGGGAGCAGAGGUGGUGGUUAGUUAUGGGAAGGGGUUUUGGGAGAAGAGGAGGCAGGAGGAGAUGAACGAGGAGAUCGGUACCUAA